CAACAACCGCAGUAAUAGUAAUCAUAAAAAAUAGUUAUAAUAGUAAUAGUAAUUGUAAUUAAGCUUUGUUCGUUUUGGUUUUCGCAAUAAUCUUUCAAAUAUACUGGAAAUGCCGUGCUUUUAUUUUUAUGACAUGCGGAAGUUGGAGGUCGGUAGUGCUUUAUUAUGAUAAUGAAACCGGACGUAUGUGGAUCUGAUUGCUUCCACUUUGACGCUCAUGUUUUCUGUUCCCUGGGGCCACUGUGUUUUCAACGGGACUCAACUUACUACAUACUGGACUCGCCAUGGCCGCUUGAUCGGGGCCGAAAUAACCUCACCGUGUUUCACAGAAACUUUUUCAAAAAUAAUUUUUCGUCUUUUGUAUUAGUUUUUAUGUCAAGAAACGAGAAUGCAACCCCCACCGAGAAAGGUCCGGGUCACCCAGGAGCUGAAGCACAUUCAUGCAGAGCAGAUGAACCGAUUGCACAUCAAGCAUCAGACAGAAUGUGACCUUCUGGAAGACCUGAGGAGUUUCAGCCAAAAGAGGGCAGCCGUGGAGAGAGACUACGCCCAGGCCCUGCAGAAACUAGCGAAUCAGUAUCUGAAGCGGGAUUGGCCGGAAAGUGUGACAGAAGAACAGGCAGACCAGAGGAACAUGUAUUGUGUGUGGAAGGCGUAUCUGGAGGGCACAGUCCAGGUCACCCAGGCCAGGAUCGCAACCUGCGACAACUACAAGGUCCAGAUUGGUGACCCGGUUAAAACGGCCAGACUACAGAAGGAACAGCAGCUGAGAAAGUGUAUCGAGCAGCUGACCGUGGUCCAGACCGAGCUGCAGGAGUCGGUGAAGGACCUGACCAAGACCAGGAAGAAGUACCAGGAGGCCGAGACCAUGGCUCAGGCUGUCAGAGAGAAGGCCGAGCUGGACGCCAAGUCAAAGUUAAGUCUGUUUCAGUCCAGAUCCAGCCUUCAGAGGGCAAGCGUGAAGCUCAAAGCUAAGAGGAGCGAGUGUAACUCCAAGGCCACCCAUGCCAGGAACGAAUACCUUCUCACACUAGCAGCCGCUAAUGCUCACCAGCAGCGCUACUACGACACAGACCUCACGGACUGCAUCAAGGUCUUAGACGGUAGGAUUUAUGAGCAGGUCAAAGAUUACCUGGUGGCUCUGUGUCAGACCGAGCUGGAAACCUACCAGACUGUCCACAACACCUUCAACCAGCUGCUGCACAGCUCCAAUGGGGUUCUGCAGGAGUUUCACCAGCAGCUGUUUACGCAGAAGAACCUGGUGUUUCAACAGGCAGCGGACUUCAUAUACCAGCCUGUCGACUCAGACACGGUGAUGCAGCUGCAGAAGGAGAGCGGAACGGCAGAGGAGCACAGUCUGGACAAGGAGGCGAGGAAAUGGUCGAGCCGUGUGGCCCGAGAAUACAAGUGCAUCAUCCACACACAGAGGGUCCUGGAAGAAUAUGGGACACAGGACUCGUCAGAGCAGAUCAGCAGUGAACUGGAGACGAAGAUGGACGUGGCCAGACAGAGUCUACGGAGAGCUGAGACGGUGAAGGUGAAAGCCGAAGCUCGUCUGGAUUUGCUGAGGGAGGUGGGGGUGGCGGUGGAGACGUGGCUGAAAAGUGCGAUGAACCAGGUCAUGGAGGAGCUGGAGAACGAACGCUGGAACAACCUGAACACCAACGAUCCUUCGCUCUCUGGUACAGCAGAUCUGGAGCAAGAGGACGAGGAGGAGAUGGAGGACAGUGGAGAAGUGUUGGACGACAGCAGCUCCAGUCCGUCCAGCACCCUGAGAAACUAUCCUCUGACCUGUAAAGUCCUCUACUCCUACAAGGCUUCUCAACCAGAUGAACUGACCAUCGAGGAGCAGGAAAUCCUGGAGGUCAUCGAUGAUGGAGACAUGGAGGACUGGGUGAAGGCUAGGAACCGCAGCGGACAGGUUGGCUACGUCCCAGAGAAAUACCUGCAGCUGCCGUCCUCCAACAGCCUGCUGAGCAUGCUGCAGUCUCUGGCCGCGCUGGACGCCAGGUCUCACUCGUCCAGUAACUCCACUGAACCUGAGAUGGAACUUCCUACUAACAACUCUGUCAACGGAGACUCCAGUGUGUCUUUUGCGAAGGCCCUGUACGACUACGCGGGGCAGACGGACGAUGAGCUGUCGUUCCCAGAAGGCGCCAUCAUCCGCAUCCUGAGCAGAGAGACCCACGAGGACGACGGAUUCUGGGAGGGAGAGUUUAACGGCAUUGUGGGUGUCUUCCCAGCAGUCCUGGUGGAGGAUCUCGCUGGUGGCAGUGAGAAUGGAGACGGACAGAGGGAUGGAAGUACGCAGGCCUCCCCCUCUCCUUUAGCUCAGUGUGACCGCUCCCCCCGUAGUCCCUUCCAGCCGGGACCCCUCCACAGCAGUCCCUUGCAGACGCCAACCAUGUCCUCACCUCUGGCCAGCCCCUGCAGCGCUACAGCCUCUCCUAUUGGUCGACCGCCCGCUUAUCACAACGGACAUCACAGGCCGCCACCUGCUCCACACAAAAGCCCUUUUCACAGUCCAGGACAGGGUUCCCCUCAACCUCCCAAAUAUCCAGAGGGCUCGUCAGGCACCAUUCGACCUGUCCGCGCUGCUCCUCCACCUCCGAAGCAGCAUCCUCGCGGUCAGGUGAAGAGGAGGGAGGAGGUGGAGAUCACACUGGUGUGAGGAUGGCAGCCUGGAGGCGGCAGCAGAGACGCUAGCAGUGACUUCUCUUCAAACCAGCAGAGGUUGGCAGCUUUGCACCUGUAAACCCACUCCCAAAGGAAACUUUGAAAAAAAACAAGAAAAGGAAAAUGAACUCCCACAAAGAAAGCCUUUAGGCCGCUGUGACCUUCCACUGUGUCUCCACGGUGUCCACAGACGGACAAAAAGCUGUGGAGGAAGACUGUGCCUUUAUUAUUCUUUUUGGUUUUCACUUUUCCCAUCAUGCCUCACAGUGUUUGUUUCUUAUUUAAAUAAGAAAAAAAAUAUAAUUUCUGUAGAAGAAAUGCAGCUUAUUAUUGAGAUAUGGACAUGGUAUUUUUUCAGUACUGACCCUGUUUAAAAAGGAAAUCAUACGUAGAUAUGAACGCGUUUGUUUCCACAUUGUAAUCCUUCAAAAGGACAGUGCAUUCACCUUUGUUUUUUAAACACCCAAAAUCAACAUCAUUUCUCCAUUUCUACGUCAGAAAAGAUCAGUGCACUUUCAUAUAAAAGAUGUUCAACUUGAGGAAAAAGUAGUUUUGUAUUUUCCAGACUAUACGUCGCUCUAGACUGUUAUUUGCGUAUAUUAAAAUAAUGGGCUGUAAAGGCUAUUUGUUUACAAAAUAGCAAAAGAACAGAGGCUAACUAAAUUAACAUUAAAGGCUAACGAGUUUAACACGUUCUAGUCAAACUUUAAAGCCUUAAGCGCAUCAUUUUGAAUUUUAAAAGUAAAAGUAUUUUAUGUGUUUUUUAUGAAACGCUUAGUAAUUCAAGACAGUGCCCCUUGUGGCAUUAAAAGUCAUUUAAGAAUAAAGUCACAGGAACAAAUAGUCCAGAAAAUACGGUAACUAUAUCUAGACUUCAAAGCCAUUGUUGAACUAGAUAAUUAUUACUAAUCGUCUCAUAUCAAUAACCUUCAGCUCAAACCCAAACAAAACAAAAAUCCCAUCGUCUGGCUCCACCUUUGGGCGGUAAAAAAAAUGCCAGCGUGAGGCGAGGCUGGUCCUCUCCGCAAACUCGUGAGCUGUUAGCUGCAGUCAGCAGUUACACAAACAAGGGAAGAGUGGCAAUUUUAUUUGAGUUGAUUGUUGCCUCAGUAGUUUGGAGAAUCUCCCAGAAAACAAAGCUAAUAGAAUUCUUUUUUUCUUUUGCCUUUCUAAAUUCUCUUUCUUUGAGUUUUAUUAUUUCCCUUUGCACCAAAUGUUAAGAUAACUGAAGGGAGGGAUGUAGUACGUAUGUAGGUCCUGUCUCAUUUAUUAAUCUUUACCCUUCUUGUGUUGUAAAAAACAAUAUAGAAUUUGUUUUGAUUCUUAUGUUGCCAGUGAAUUUCGACUGGUUUGUGGAGAAGUUUUUAGCCAUAGAUUGUAUAUUAAAAAAAUGGACAUAGCCACAAGAGAAGCCUUUGAAGUAGAGUGGUGAAACUGUCCCGCAGGUCUCCACCUCCCCAUGAGAUAAGAUGGGAAAUAAAGGCCACUUUUCAGGUGAUUAUAAUGUCAUUAUACAUUGUAACUGAAAAGCUGAAAGUUUGAAUACAGAGUUUUCAGAGUUAUUGAGAGGAAAAACGUUUUCCAGCUGUUAAUCACAUUUAAAGUCAAACUUUAUCUGCUUUUUUCCUCUUAAAAGGAUCUUUUUUAAAAGAAAAACUACAAUUAGGUCUUGAAGAAAAUGUGAUUGAGCCAAUUUACUCUUCAGUAGGAUGUGUUGGGACUUAAAUGAGAAGUACUUUAAGUUUGCAACCCUGUGGCUACGUCUUUUUCUUAUACACACUCUUAGGUUUAAUGGUGUCGUUAUAAUUAAAGAGGAAAUGAUCCUGAGCUGCUAGCUAGUCCGAUUUAAGAGAAACUAAAAUCUAUACUGUCAUAGUGAAGCACUUUUUGACAUCUUCUUAUUCCUUUUCAGUAUUGUGGAGUCUGCAUUUGUUUGUUCAGUAUGUUGUUGUUGUUUACCAGCUAUAUUGGUAUGAAUACCUUUCUUUUUAUGCGUUAUUUAGCCUUAAAUAGCCUUUGUAGUGUCGUUGGUGGAGAUUUGACUUUCUUUUAAUCCCGCUGUUGUUUUUUUUUAAUAUUAAUAGUUUACAGAGAACUUGGAGAUGGAUAUUUGUUCAAAAAAAAUUUGUUUUUUGCUUUUUGUUUUUUUUUUCUCUUAGAUUAGGAUUUUAAAAAAUGAACAGUAGUUGGAUACGAUCAGAGGAAAAGAGAGAUAUCUGUCAGCCACGUCGCUGUGUUCUCGUUGAUCUCCUUGAGAUCUGAAUGACAUCGAACUUAUUUUUGAAGUUUGCAUUUACCCUGUUGUAUUAACAAAAAAAAGUUAUAUUAAAAUAAAGAUCUCGUUUUUUUUUCCCAACAGAGAUGAGUAUUUGUUAACUUGCUACUGGUCCUGAUUCCACGUUGAAAUCGUUUGAAUCUAUAAUUCAGUGCCCUGGUUUUACAAUGUAAGCUCUGCAGAGGCUGUUGGGUGUCAUAUUUACACACCAGUGGAAGUUUAAACUGUAUUUAUUGUGUACAAAAUAAAUGUGAAAUAAAGAUAGCUCACAUGAAA